AAACGUUUUUUAUACAAAUACGCACAACAAAUAUCCUUAAAUGUGGCAUAUAUCGAUCCUGCUCUUCAUCUUCACCUAAUUUAAUCGGUCAAUCCAAGAUUCAGUGGGAGACGCAUUCAAAUUGGAAGAACUUACGAUCUUUUUUUCGCCUCUUAGUUUGUCACAUCACUUCCGCCCCCAAUUUUCCGGUAUCUCAAGCAAUGAAUCCCACUAAGAACCGGUAGUCUUGUACUUCAUUCUCCUCUCUACCAACACCUCUUUCUUCUCUCUGUCUCUCUCUAUUACUCUAUCAAAGAAACCCUAACUAUGGAAUUUCCGAGCAUCCACCACCACCGUCUGCACUGCCACUGAACAGCUAUCACAACCACCACCGAUUUUCUCUCUAAGAAAGGCCUUAAUCAAUUGCCAUUUAAUGUAUUAGACUGAAGGUUCUUGUAGCAAAAGUUGAAGGUGCUGUCAACUUCUAGGGUGAACGAAACUUUAACAGAUUUGGGGGUGGCUUGGAAAGAACUCUACCAUGGGAAAGAAUCAUAGGCUUCUUGAAGAUGCUCAUGUUCAUCUUUUAGCUUAUCUACAAUUCAAUUUGGGCAGGUCGACCCCGUGUCUCGAUUAUCUGUCUCUUGUACUUAAGCACAUGAAUGAUCCAUCAAAGACACUGCCAAAGGAUGAAGGUACUGAAAAGGUUGUGGAACAAACAAGACAAGAGUGUGCCGAACAAACAAGACAAAUGUUCAAAAAUAUGGACCGUACCAUCCCAUGGAUGAUGAACAAACCUCCGAUUUUACUUCGUGUUUUAGAAUAUUUACAGGCAGAUCAAGAAGGCAUGAUAUCAUAUUUGCACCAACAAAGUUUUAUGUUAUUUAGAUCUGAUGAAAGGGUAUGUUUGUUUUCAAUCCGAAGAUUCAUGAGUCGUGAGUAUGGAACGGGUAGAUCCAACCUACCUUCAUGCACAAACCACCACGAAAGUAUCCAAUUAUGGAAAUCAGAUGCAUCCAUUCAAGAUAAAAACAGGGGAAAACUUGAAAAGCUUGGAUAUAUAUAAAGAAUGAUGAGGUUUAGUUGAUUGGAGACAGAAAGUUGUGGACACCCCUAUCCAAGAUCAAGGAUAAUGCGGAAGCUAUUGGGCAUUUUUUUACUGUGGUGGUAGUUGAAGGAAUAACCAAAUCAAAACCAAGGAAUAAAAAAUCAGAUAAACAAGCCACUUACAUGGAAAAGCAUGUGAUAUUUGCCUUUUUGCUGGUAAAAGCCCUUGAAGAUGCUUAUCUUGUUGUAAGUGCUCUUCAGGAGGAUGAAGUGAUGAACACAUAAUGCGUACAUCAUUGAGGAUCUACAAAGUUGACAAUCAAUCCGAUUAUAAGUUUCAUAGAUAUUUACAAGGAAUCUGUUGUGAAUCUAUUAUGUAAUAAUCUGCUCGUAGUGAAAUGCCACGGUAUGAUGUUGCUGGCGUGUAAAAGCUCAUGGUUUUAAGGCAUAGUUUGCUGAUCUUGAUCCCAUUUAAUGUCUACAAGCUCUGGUGUUGUCAACUCUUGACCAUUUUGCCUUUGGAGUCCAUAACCUAGGCUUCAACCCAUCAUGGGUUAGUUGGUUGGAAACAAAUUAGUCACGUGGUAUGCAAACAAAAGAAAUUCAAAUGGCAGGAAUACUCAAGAAAAUAUGUCAGGGGUAUUUUGGUCCAAACCGUGUAACCCUUGGUUGCUGUCUAAAAGUACAUGCUGCUGCUGCUGAGUUUGGUGAGGCAGAUCACUAAAGAAAAUAUGUCAGGGGUAUUUUGGUCCAAACCGUGUAACCCUUGGUUGCUGUCUAAAAGUACAUGCUGCUGCUGUUGAGUUUGGUGAGGCAGAUCACUAAAUUUUUUUUUUAUCCGAUGGCUUGGUUGCUCAUCCUUGGAAUAAGGGCUUGUUGCUGCUACCUCUUGGGAAUCCCCUCAAUUGGCCACAACUUUUCAUCUUUAAGUGAUAUUUAUAUUAACACCUUGUGUUUUGGUGAUAUUAUGAACUAGGCUGUUUUUUAUCUUUUGUAUGUCUAUUUAUUGUAACUGGUCCAG